AUGAAUUUUGUGAACGACUCCUCUGUUGGGCUUCCUGUGGUAUUUGAACCAGGCUCCUGGCCGUUCAAAAAGGAAGAUGGCGGCAGAAAGUUGAUAAAGAUGGGCAAACGGUAUUAUUGUGAUUUUUGUGAUAAAUCAUUUGCCUACUCGCUGCAGAACCACCCUGUAGAACUGCUUGCUGAAGAAGCAAGUAAGCAGCCAUGUCGUCGCUUUUUCCAGACAGGAACAUGUAAUUUUGGGACCAAUUGCAGAUACUCGCACACCAACCCACAGUUGCUACUUGCUCAAGCUGAAGCUGCAAAGCAAGGAAAGGAAAAAGAUGAACCAUCAAUAGAAGAUUGGCUAACAAAGUGGAGAAAACGCAGAAAAAAGAUGGAAGAAAAAGAUAAAGCAAGUUUGGAAACUGAAGAAGAGAAUACCCUUCCUGCUGGACUUCCCCAUGUGAGUGUCUUACCCCCUUCUCUCAGACCCCCACCCCCUGGGGGCUAUUCCUACCACUCUAGGGUAGAGUGGGRAUAG